ACAGCUGUUACUUGAUAAUUAUCUACGUAAGUUUACGAAACGAUUUUGCGAGUCAAUUGGAAAACGUUAAAAUAAUUGUGGGAAAAUGAAGGUUAUCUACAACUCUUUGUUCAAAAGGACCUCCACCUACGCCGUGGCAAUUAUGGCAUCAGUGUUUUUCUUCGAGCGCGCACUUGAUGUAACGUCGAACACAAUUUUCGAUUCGAUCAAUAAAGGAAAACUGUGGAAGGAUAUCAAGGACAAAUAUGAAUAAGUUAGCCGGUGCUUGAUGAGUUUUUGAUUCGAGUCAAGGGAAUAUUCUUCACGCUGCCGAUGAAUUAAAACCAUACAUACAUUCAACUUGAAUAAAAAUGAAACGAUUUAUCGGUAAAAAAAAGGAAAA